CAGGCAAUGACCGGCUCGUUCGUGGAUUGUAUAACACAUUACAAGUAGACUGUUUGAGCAAACGUUUGAACUUAUUUUGCAAGUUUUAUAAGUGUUUGUCGCGAAAUAAGAUUCUCAUUUCACAAACCAAAAAAGUAAAAGUUUUCACAGGGCUGGUUUGGUUGACUUUGCAUUGUAUAAUAGCAGGCUACGUCUAUCGGCCUACAAUGUUGACACUAGAUUCAAAACGAGUUAAAUUGAAUCACAUUCAGGCCUAUUUUAUGGCCGUUUUGAAGAAUAUGUACCUAUACAAGUUACUGUGGUGGCAACAGAAACACUCUGAUUGCCUGUUCAGUGAGAAGAUGGAAUAUGCCAAGAGGUCUCUCAGUCUGCUGUCUCCCACAUCCCUCUCCAAGUGCGUGACAGCCAGCGUGACAGCCAGCGCCUCUAUGACGCAGCAGCUCCUCACAGGCCUGACCCCACGCCUCAGAGCCUUCCGGGUCACCAACGCGGACCGCAGCGUCAGGAAGGGCAUCGUGGCUGAUGGGCUCCGGGAUCUGAUAGACAAGGUGACGGACGCGAUGCAGGUGUCUUGUGUGAGGGCCCUGGUUCUGGACGAGGACGGGACAGAGGUGGACACUGAGCAGUUCUUCCAGACGCUGCAGGACACGGUCUUCAUGGUGCUGGAGAAGGGGCAGAAGUGGACUCCUUCCCCGAAUAGUCCCCGCUAUGAACACUUCACCGAGCAUCGGCCCCCACGGAGGAAAGAUGUCGCACGGUUGACCUUUGACCUGUACAAGAACAACCCCCAGGAUUUCAUUGGCUGCCUGAAUGUGAAGGCCACACUGUAUGGCAUGUACUCCAUCUCCUAUGACCUGCACUGCUAUGGAGCCAAGAGGAUGCUCAAGGAGGUGCUGCGAUGGACUUUGUUCACCAUGCAAGCUACAGGCCAUGUUCUGUUGGGCAGCUCCUGUUACAUGCAGCAGUUAUUGGAUGAAGAGGAGAAGGGCCAGGAGAUGCUAUCAAAUAUGCCUGAAAACAUGGAUAAGCAAAUGCAGAGCCUCCAAUGGGGGAAGACAGGGGUGUGACCUCUGCUUAAGAAUACAAACACUGGGAGGGGAUUGGCUGCCUGGAAGGGAGGGCUGUGUGACCAAGGGCAAUGCCACGCCUAAGCCAGGUGAAAUGAUGCCACUAUUGUGCUGUUCCAUGACAGAUGCAGGUGUCAUGGCAACAUCUGCCGACUGUGGGAUGUUGCAGUCCAUGUCCUCAGCCCAUGUCCCCCAGCCCUCUAUUCCCUGGCAUUGAAGCGGUCACUUUGCCUAGCACUUUGUUAUGUGUGUGUGUGGGCAUGUGUGUGUGUGUGUGUGUCACUGUCUUUGGAGGGGUGAUGGAGAGCCUCUACAGGCUAAAAGAUGUGAAAGAUGUCAUUUCACAGCCCUUCAAUCGUCACUUGAGCCCAGUCCUCACCACCAAACUCAAGUUCCAGUUUUAUAGGUGCAGAGUGUUUACCACACAAAGAACCUCUGCUGUGUCUGUCCCUUUCAAUGUUUCCAAGCACUAAUAAAUGAUGAGAUGUAUCAUGCUUGUCAUUAUUCUUUGGAUAUGUGUAUUGAGUGUCCACUCAUUAAAGUAGCUGUGUGUUGUGUAA